CUUUUUGGGGGUCAAAUAACAUUAUCAAGCUAUAUAUAUACAACUAUAUAAACAAAAGCCAAGCAAGUAAUAUAAAGAGAAAAGAUUUCCUUUUGUGUGUAGAGAAAAGAGACACUUUUAAUUUCCCAAAGGAGGGAGCUUUCAGUUUCCUAAAUUCAAAACUCUCUUUGUCCUCUCUCUCUCUCUCUCUCUCUCCCUCUAAUCUUUGCAACGGCUCUCUCUGUCGUCAUUUCAAUUCAAACUCAGCUUAUCUCUUUCUUUAACGUCUCUACCUGCUUCUGUUCUUCUCUUAGCUCUCUACCUAGAUCUCUACCUAGAUCCCUAAUCUCAAGUGCCCAAAAUCUUCAAUCUCAAAUCUGUAUGAUCUUUCCUGAUCUGACCCACUUCGCAAAACGCCCAAAUCUUCUCUCCUUUUUACCUGAUUCGGUUCAUCUCUCUUUGUGUCUUAUCUUCUCCUGUCGUUGUCGUUCUGAGAAACGCCAAGAUUACACAAUGCGAUUGUGAACGAAGGGAGGCUUUGGUCGAUCUCAGGGCCAGAUCUUACGACGAGGGUUUCUGAUAACUACACUUUAUGGAUCGAUCCAUAAGUAAAAGGCGAGGACUUUAGCAUCCUGAGAAAGUGAGAGGUUGAAUAAAAUGGACAUUGUUGAGAGAAAACGACCUAGAGGAGCGUUUCUAAAUCUGUUUGAUUGGCCUGGAAAAUCCAGGAAGAAGCUUUUCUCAUCCAAUAUCUCCCAAAUCUCUGAAGAAUCAACGCAACCAAAAGAGAAUGUUCAAAACCCCUCAAUUACGCGGCAUUCUGUUUUUGAGGUUGAUCAGCCUGUAAAGAACUCAACUUUCAACCCGAGAAGUGACUCGAGCUGUUGUGCCUCCUCUGUAACUAGUGAUGAUGGAAAUGUGGUUAGACCACCGAGUGUGGUUGCGAGGCUCAUGGGUUUAGAGUGUUUGCCACUACCAAACCUUACGGAACCACGUGUGAAUCCUGAUCCAUACUUUCUCAGAUCCUCGCGCCAGGCAAACACUUGGGAUGUUAACGCUGAUCCUCAGGGUGACUUUGACGGCGUUUCUUGGGAUCAUUUGGAUUCAAGAGCGAGUAAAGGGCCGCGUAAACGGAUGAUUGAGCGGUUCCAAACUGAAACCUUACCUCCCAGAUCUGCUAAACCGAUCUCUGUCACUCACAACAAGCUCUUGUCUCCUAUAAGGAACCCUGGAUUCGUUCCAUCUAGGAACCCUGCUUAUGUGAUGGAAGCUGCUUCAAGAAUGAUCGAGCCAAGUCCACGGAUGAUGGCAAGAACACGGGUGGUUUCAUCAUCUGAUGCUUCUUCUCCAGUUCCACUGAGAAUUCGAGACUUGAAAGAGAAACUAGAAGCUGCACAGAAAGCUUCAACUUCAUGCCCUCAAAUCUCUAAUGAUAAUAAUCGGAACAGUAAGUACCUAAGAGGAGAUCACAGCGAGAAGAAGACUACAGCACUGGGGAAAAACAGUUGUGAUGGGUUGAAGGGUGAAGCGAAGCCGCCUUCUUUCUCUGCGCAAGCAAAGGCCAACAGUAGUCAGAAGCAAGACAGCUUAACAACUUCCUCGAGUGGAAACAGAAGGACGUCUUCGAGCCAAAAGGAGAAAGUGGAAGCAAAGAACCGUGCAGUUAAAAGCCAGAAUGGUCUCAAAGGAUCUUCCUUGAGCGCAGGGAAGAAUGUGCUUAAGCAGAACCACCAGAAGCAGAACUGCAGAGACAAUCAGCAAAGCAGGAAAGUAAUGAACAAAGUUGUGAACAAGGUCCUUGUGGAAAGUGGAUCCACAUCGAAAAGCCCUGGUUUUACUAUGACAUCUGCAGAAAAGCCCGUUUCUUUACCUUUGUCCCGCAAGAAGAGUCAUCCUCGAAACAAAAAACCGAGGAACGGGGUGCAAGAACCGGGAAUCUAUGAAGAUAAACGGAUCAAAAGGGGUGAAAAGUCGAUAAAAUGUAACAUUAGCAUUGAUGGUGACACGAGCACAAGUAAAGAUGAUCAGAAAAGGGACAUGGAUGUGAUUUCUUUCACUUUCUCGUCUUCAAUCAAAGGUUUAUCAUCUCACUCAAACGGAACCAAACAAGAUGCAGACUCUGCUGUUAGGUUCAAUGUGAUAGGCGGUGAUUCUUUAAAUGCGCUUUUGGAGCAAAAGCUCAGGGAACUGACCUCGAAGAUGGAAUCUUCUAGUUCUAGCUUGAUCCAAGAAGAGUCUUUGAGUUCCAUUUCAAAGGAUGGAGUGAACGGGAUAACCUCAUCGCCAUGUUUCGAUGGUGAAUCAACUCAAAACAGUCUUGAUAAAGUUUUAACAGAGAGUGAAUCUGUUUCUGACUGCACUUCAUUCUACAACAACCAGAAAUGUCAGAAGAAAAGGAUAGUUCCGGGAGAAGAACAUGAAGUUAGCAGCAUCAGCACUCUUACAGAAGCCGAUGAUUUCGCACUCUCCUGCAGCAAGAGUUUCUCAGGUCGCAUACAUGACAGAGAAUACGGGAAGUGGUUUGAUUUGCAGCUAAAUACACUUAAUGUUGUUUGUUUUCUUCAGGGAUGA